AUGACGUAUCUCACAGCGUCAGGCUCUGAGUUAACCGGAGGAAGCAUGUGGGUCUGCGGGGCGCGAACCCCGGCUCAGCUGCGGCGGCGGCUGUUCCCCGCGUUCCGCCGCCGGCCACCUGCUGCCGCCGCCUUCUCCGCAUCUGCCGAGCCCUCCCGGGUCCGGGCGCUGGUCUAUGGGCACCACGGGGACCCAGCCAAGGUCGUCGAACUGAAGAACCUGGAGCUGGCUGCUGUGGGCGGAUCAGACGUCCAUGUGAAGAUGCUGGCAGCCCCUGUCAAUCCAUCUGACAUUAAUAUGAUCCAAGGAAAUUAUGGCCUCCUUCCCAAGCUGCCUGCCGUUGGAGGGAAUGAAGGUGUUGGACAGGUCGUAGCAGUGGGCAGCAGUGUGACCAGGGUGAAGCCAGGAGACUGGGUGAUUCCAGCGAAUGCUGGUUUGGGAACCUGGCGAACCGAGGCUGUGUUCAGCGAGGAAGCGCUCAUCUCGGUUCCGAGUGACAUCCCUCUUCAGAGCGCCGCCACCCUGGGCGUCAAUCCCUGUACGGCCUACCGGAUGCUGAUGGACUUCGAGCAGCUGCGGCCAGGGGAUUCUGUCAUCCAGAAUGCAUCCAACAGUGGAGUGGGGCAAGCAGUCAUCCAGAUCGCCGCAGCCCUGGGCCUGAGGACCAUCAACGUGGUCCGAGACAGACCUGACAUCCAGAAGCUGACCGACAGACUGAAGAAUCUGGGGGCCCAUCAUGUUGUCACAGAAGAGGAACUAAGAAAGCAUGAGAUGAAAAACUUCUUUAAGGACGUGCCCCAGCCUCAGCUUGCUCUCAACUGUGUCGGCGGGAAAAGCUCCACGGAGCUGCUGCGGCACUUGGCGCCUGGAGGAACCAUGGUGACCUAUGGGGGGAUGGCCAAGCAGCCUGUCAUCGCCUCUGUGAGCCUGCUCAUUUUUAAGGAUCUCAAACUUCGGGGCUUUUGGUUAUCCCAGUGGAAGAAGGACCACAGUCCAGACCAGUUCAAGGAGCUGAUCCUCACGCUGUGCGAUCUCAUCCACCGAGGCCAGCUCACGGCCCCUGCCUGCUCCGAGGUCCCACUGCAGGACUACCAGCGUGCCUUAGAAGCGUCCAUGCAGCCUUUCGUGUCUUCCAAGCAGAUCCUCACCAUGUGAUGUGAUAAUCCCAGAGGAGCCGGAGCCAAGUGGGAGGGGAGACGGACCAGCAGGACUGGUUUCGGGCCCCCCACUUGGGGCCCCUCCGCCUUACGCAGGCUGCUCCUCUCCCCACGGUCACUUCUGAGGCGGACAAUUGGGAGGCCAGCCAAGGCUUUCCCUGGGGCCAGCCUCCGGGUAUCUAAUAAAGUCCGAACUUCUUAAAAAAAAAAACAAAAACCAAUAGAAGUCACCCCUAAUAAGAAGGACCAUCCCUUGCCAGCUCCCAGCACUAGAAGCCCCCGUUGCCCACCCUCCACCUGUCCUCCAGCCAUCACUUCCUGACCGCCCUGAAAGCAAAGCCUUGGCGGGGCUGGCAGGUACAAAAGCCAGUAAAACAGAUCUCUGCCCUCAAGCCCUCCAAGCCCACAGAGGAGAAUCUUCUAAAAAGGAAGGUUUGACUCAUUCUCAGGUGGCCUUCGGCUCAAGCUGGGACGGGGAGGAUCAGCUCCACAGAGGAGUGAAUGCCAGGCUGAGAAACCAAGGAAACGGGGUCUCAGGUGCCUGGACCAUCCUCAUGGAACUUCCAUUCUAACUGGGGAGACAGAUGUUACACCAGUGGUUCUCAGCCUGAGCUCAUUUUGCUCCCAGGGGACACUGCGGUUAUCAUAAUUGAGGGGCUGAUACUAGUGCCUAGUGAGUAGAGGUCAGUGAUGCUGCUACAGCAUCUCACUGUGCACAGCACAGCCUCCCUCAGCAAGGGCUUAUCCAGCCCAAAUGUCCACAGUGCCGCUGUUGAGAAACCCCACAUCAAACCACUGGUCCCACGACAGUUACCAUAGUGAUGAGUGUGCAAAAGAAGACAUGCGUGAAGUGCUGUGAGCGCCUAACCAAGGUCCUGUCCUAGGCCUCCCUGAGGUGAAGCUUGAAAGUGGGCUCUGAAAAAUGAGUAGCUUUAUUCAGACAAAGAGAAGAGUUUGACACUAUGUGAGUUUUUGGUGUUUGCUUCAUGAUCCACUCACUCAAAGCAAAGAACCAGAGGCUUUGGGGUGUCUCCCUCAUCACCUGGCCCUCUGUCCCUGAGCUCUAGAGCCUAACUGCGGGGGGACAUACUGAGAGCCUAGCAUGUGCCUGAGGCCAGGGCUGCCCGUGAGUGACGUGGGGCUGGCCCACAAGUAGCUAAGCCUAGUUAGUGCACAGCAUACUCACGAGGCCGCUGAUACGGAGGUGUUCGGAGGGCCGUGGGGACACAGAAGCUCUGCCUGAGGGUUUAAGGAAGGCCUCCCAGAGGAAGUAUGGUCACAGCCAAUCUUAAGGCCCAGCAGGAGAAGGUGUACCAAGCAAAGCCAACAGCACUCGUGAGAGUCUGGCAGACCUGGAGAGCCUAGCAGUCGGGGAACUGCCCACAGGCAAGUAGAGCUGCUGCCUAGGACGUGGGGGGAGUAUGAAAGACUGAGAUGGGAGCAGUGGGCAGCAGUCAGAGCAGGAAGGCUCAGGACUUGCCCCCAAGACAUGGGGGAGGCACUGAGGGAUUUUAGGCAGUGGAGUGAUGUGGAAAACUGGCUCUGAAGGCUAGUUACAUGCCAGCACAUACCUGGGCCCCGGCAUCAUCCUCUUGUCUUCGGCAGCAUCUUGUGUGUCCUCUGGAGAAAAGGACUCAGCUUCAUCCUGGGGCUGGGAAAGGUCUACAGGUGCCCUCUGGGUAAGAUUUGCCACCUUGUACACCUGGGCUCAGAAUCAGCCGCAGCUCACCCAAGUCCCUCCCGUUCUGUAUCCUCAAGGUUAGUGGGAUGGAUGAUUUGUGCAGUUGGUCAAUGGGGGAAAGUGCAGAAAGUCUGAGAGGGAGUGGGAGGCUGCCCAAAGCCUACAGGAGUGCAAGUUAGGAUUAGGUUCUGCAGGGGGACUCCACAAGGUUGGGCUUAGGGGAUGUGAUGAGCCUGCAGCCAUGGAGAAGGAUCGGGCCCCUGGUAGAGACUCAGAGUGGGCAGACAGGUGGGAGGAAGGUUCAUAGCACCACGUCACGGUUAGAGACCUCGGGGGUGUGCAGAGUGUCCCGGGAAUAGUACCUCUGGGGGUCUGGAGCUGAUUUUUUAUUUUUUUAUUUU